AUGCCUUCUUCUCAGCCCCUUGUUCACAUCAUCUCUAAAUCCACCCUCUUCCCUUCCACCAAAUCCACCCUCUCCCACCUCAAACUUUCCGUUUCCGAUCUUCCCAUGCUCUCCUGCCACUACAUUCAGAAGGGUAACCUCUUCAAUCGCCCUCCCAUUUCCAUUUCCAAUUCCGACCUCUUGUUUCUUCUCAAAUGUGGUCUUUCUCGCGCCCUCACCCACUUUCCACCGCUCGCCGGCCGUCUCACCACCGAUUCUGAUGGAUACGUCUACAUCACCUGUAACGACGCCGGGGUUGAAUUCGUCCACGCCAAUGCCGUUCAUUUGUCCAUCACUGACAUUACUUCUCCUCUUCAUGUUCCUGAUUCCGUUAAGGGGUUUUUCGCCUUUGACAGGACGGUGAGCUACGACGGUCAUUUUAAGCCCAUUUUGGCGGUUCAGGUGACCGAGCUUAAAGAUGGUGUUUUCAUUGGGUUCUCCGUCAACCACGCCGUCGUUGAUGGGACUUCCUUGUGGAAUUUUAUCAAUACUUACGCUGAGGUGUGCAGAGGAGCGAAACUUGUCUCCAAACAGCCGUCUUUCGUUCGUGACUCCGUGUUGAUUUCGUCAGCGUGUCUGAGACUCCCCGCCGGUGGACCAAAAGUGACGUUUGACGAGAACGCGCCGCUGAGCGAGAGAAUUUUUAGCUUUAGCAGAGAAUCAAUUUUGAAAUUGAAGGACAGGACUAAUAAUAGGAAAAGGAUGAUUUUUUACGGCAAUUCUGAAAUUAACACCGACGAGUUAUUGGGAAAGCAAAGGAACGAUCGAAUUACACACUCUGACGAUAUUGGUAAUUGGAUACGAAGCGACGUCGCUUUGAAGCCGGAACCGGUACCGGAGAUUUCCUCUUUCCAGUCCCUAUGCGCGUUGCUAUGGCGGGCGGUGACACGUGCACGGAAGUUCCCAAAUUCCAAAACGACAACGUUUCGGAUGGCAGUGAAUUGCCGACACAGACUGAAGCCUGAACUUGAAACAUUUUACUUCGGGAACGCGAUACAGAGCAUUCCGACAUACGCCACCGCCGGUGACGUGUUGUCACACGAUCUGAAAUGGUGCGCCGAGCAGCUGAACAAAAACGUGUUGUCGCACGACCACACAAUGGUCUGUGGUUACGUGAAAAACUGGGAGAGUGACCCACGGUGUUUCCCGUUGGGGAACUUCGACGGAGCAAUGCUAACGAUGGGGAGUUCACCGAGGUUUCCGAUGUUCGAUAAUGAUUUCGGGUGGGGAAAGCCGGUGGCUGUUCGGAGUGGGAGAGCGAAUAAGUUUGACGGUAAGAUAUCGGCGUUUCCAGGGAGGGAGGGUGGUGGUAGCGUUGACUUGGAGGUGGUGCUUUCGCCGGAAACAAUGGCGGGCAUUGAAUCGGACCCGGAGUUCAUGCAGUAUGUUUGGGACAAGUGUUAGAGGGACGAUUUGUAUGUUUGUGAAGUACUAAGUUGUUUACUUGUCGUGUUUUAAAGUCAUGUAAAUCCAAAUUUCUAAAUUUUGCUUUUU